CCUCCCGCGCGUUCCCACUGAAAUUGCAAAACGGAGCAGAAUCAGCAGACACGCGCGAGAGCUUGUAAAUGGAACGAGCAGCCAUGCUCUCUAAAGCCGUUUACCUGAAUUCCAAAAGCCCCGAAUUAGCAUGGCUUCUCUUCAAGCGAGUUCUUUCUUCCCCCAUCUCUGCCUCCUCUUCCUUCUUCGAAACCUCCCUUCAAUCUAUACCUCUUAUUGCCCGCAUCCUCACCACUGCAAAAAUGCACCCACAGAUCGAUCACCUUUAUCAACUCCUCUUGUCGCAGCACCGGGAUUUUGCUCAUCCAUCUGGAUUUGCACUCGUUCGAGCGUUGGCUGAUUUGGGUCUCUUCGAAAAUGCCAUUUCUCAGUUUCGAUCGCUUCGAGACAGGUUUCCUAAUGACCCUCCAGAUAUUUCUUUCUAUAAUUUUCUGUUACGAUGCUCUUUGAAGGAGAGUCGGGUUGAUUUUGUGAUUUGGCUUUAUAAGGAUAUGGUUUUUGCGGGAGUUAACCCACAGACUUAUACUUUUAAUCUGUUGAUACGUGCGCUUUGUGAAAUGGGGUACUUGGAGAAUGCACGGGAAGUGUUUGAUAAAAUGUCUGAAAAAGGGUGUAACCCUAAUGAGUUUAGUCUUGGACUUUUGGUUCGUGGGUAUUGUAGAGCGGGGCUCCAUUAUCGAGGUAUUGAACUUUUGGACGAGAUGAGGAGCUCUGGUGCUGUUCCCAAUAGGGUUGCAUACAAUACUGUGAUAUCUUCUCUUUGUGGAGAAGGUCAGACUGGGGAGGCUGAGAAAUUGGUGGAAAGGAUGAGAGAGGUUGGUCUUUCUCCAGAUAUUGUAACUUUCAAUUGCAGAAUUGCUGCCCUCUGUAAAUCCGGGCAAAUUUUAGAAGCUUCCAGAAUUUUUAGAGAUAUGCAAAUAGAUGAAGAGUUAGGGUUACCUCAGCCUAAUACAAUAACAUAUAAUUUAAUGCUAGAAGGAUUUUGUAAUGAGGGAAUGUUCGAGGAAUCCAAGGCUCUCUUUGAUUCUAUGAAAAAAUCUGAAACUCAUUUGACCAUGGAGAGCUAUAACAUAUGGUUGCUAGGUUUGGUUAGAAGUGGAAAGCUCCUUGAAGCUCGUUUAAUUCUUAAUGAAAUGGUAGAAAAGAGUAUAAAACCCAAUCUUUACUCUUAUAACAUUUUGAUAUAUGGACUUUGUAAAUAUGGAAUGUUUUCUGAUGCAAGAUCUAUAAUAGGUCUAAUGAGAGAUAGUGGUGUAGCUCCAGAUACUGUAUCUUAUAGUACCUUACUGCAUGGAUACUGCUGUAGAGGAAAGAUACUUGAAUCCAAUUAUGUUCUUCGCGAAAUGAUACAGGUUGGUUGUUUUCCCAAUAUGUAUACUUGUAAUAUCCUGCUUCACAGCCUGUGGAAAGAGGGAAAAGCAUCAGAGGCUGAAGAGUUGCUACAAAAGAUGAAUGAAAGAGGUUAUGGUUUGGAUAAUGUAACUUGUAAUACAGUGAUUAAUGGCCUCUGUAAAUCUGGGAAUCUGGACAAAGCUAUUGAAAUAGUGAGUGGCAUGUGGACCCAUGGAAGCGCUUCUCUUGGUAAUCUUGGAAACUCUUUUAUUUGUCUUUUUGAUAUUGGCAAUAAUGGGAUGAAGUGUUUACCUGACUCGAUCACAUAUGCAACCAUAAUAAGUUGGUUAUGUAAGGCGGGGCGGGUUGACGAAGCAAAAAAGAAGCUUCUGGAGAUGAUUGGGAAAAAGCUAUCUCCUGAUUCACUAAUAUUUGAUACUUUCAUACAUAGUUACUGUAAACAAGGAAAGUUGUCAUCUGCUUUUAGAGUACUCAAGGAAAUGGAGAAAAAAGGGUGCAACAAGAGCCUUCGAACGUAUAAUUCAUUGAUCCAGGGUUUAAGUUCUAAAAAUCAAAUAUUUGAAAUAUAUGGGUUGAUGGAAGAGAUGAAAGAAAAAGGGAUUUUUCCCAAUGUUUACACUUAUAAUAACAUUAUUAGCUGCCUAUCUGAAGGUGGGAAACUGAAAGAUGCCACCAGUCUUUUGGAUGAAAUGCUGCAGAAGGGGAUAUCUCCUAAUAUAUAUACGUUUAGGAUUCUGAUUGGAGCUUUCUUUAAGGCUUGUGACUUUGGAGCGGCUCAAGAGUUAUUUGAGAUAGCUUUAAGCCUAUGUGGCCACAAGGAAUCCUUGUAUAGUUUUAUGUUCAAUGAGCUAUUAACUGGAGGUGAAACAUCCAAGGCUAAAGAGCUUUUUGAAGCUGCAUUAGAUAGAUCUCUAGCCUUGAAAAAUUUUCUUUACAGGGACCUAAUUGAAAGGCUUUGCAAGGACGGAAAGUUAGAUGAUGCUAGUUUCAUUCUUCAUAAGAUGAUGGAUAAACAGUAUAGGUUUGACCCUGCAUCAUUCAUGUCAGUGAUUGAUGGAUUAGGUAAAAGUGGGAACAAGCAUGCAGCCGAUGAAUUUGCAGAAAAGAUGAUGGAAAUGGCUUCAGAAACUGAUAUCAACCAACAUGAGAAUAAGAUUAUCCGAGGAAGAUCAAAUAAUGAUGAUGAAAGAGAUUGGCACAAGAUAGUUCACAGAAACGAUGGCAGUGGGAUUGCACAGAAGACUCUUAAGCGUGUGUUGAAAGGAUGGGGUCAAGGAAGUAUAUCAACUUCGCAGCCACAGAAAUUUAGUACACAUGAUUGCUGGGAUGGUGUUGCUUAAAGCUUUUAAAGUUCUUGAGGAACAGGCAAAUAUGGGAAUAUGCUCAAACCUGCUGACGCAUCAAAUCUUCAAGUCAGGGUGCUUAAGGACAUCAGUACAUCAGGAUGGACUGCUACUGCCAAAGAAGCUUUUGCUAAAGUCUGCUGAGGAAUCCAUUAGAGGCAGAUUUGACAGUUUCACAUGUCAGUAGAACUGAUUCCCCAUCGUUGUCGACAUACUUGAUAUCGACUCAUGUAAUAUUGUCUAGCAAACCCCGAAGACCCCAAUUUUGGUGCAUGAACCUGAUUUUUUCUUCACCAAAAGUGGCUUUCACUUUCAGUGCACCCCCAUCUCGUGUUCGGGCGCCAUGUAAGGGAGGUAACUAUCAGGAUGUUCGCUAAAUGAUAGGGGCUGUGAGAUCUUAGAGUCUUUGGUUCCUCCUGACAUGGUCGUACAAUUCUGCUUCAAUGCACGUUUUAUUUAGCAUUCCAACACGCUCUUCUGACUGCCUGGACCAGAAGUCUGACUACAUGAAGAGGUUCGGGAUAUCGCAGGGGAUCCAUGGCUGAAUGAGCCACUUUCAGCUUGAUGGUUGAUUUGCUCAUGAUGGUCACUCAUCUUCAUGGAUGAAUAAUGGCCAGUCUCAGUAAAACUGGGAGAGUUCAACUGUGGGAAGCUUUUAUAGAAAGGCCCAUUCUGUAUUGCACCAUCAGCAUGUUCAACCAUGUCGAUCACGAGCUGGAGUUUCCUUGGAGAAUGGCCUACGUUCUUGAUCGUUUGGGAAGCCCACCUUGUUAUCCAUGUUGCCUCCAUAUCAUUUUCAAAGUAGUUGGACAAACUGCACAAACAGGAAGUUCGAGCAGACAAUGGCCAGGCUAUUCUCUUCUAAAUCAAGGCAUCAGUGGUACUGCAAUCGAUGUCUAGCAUGGGACAAAAGCAUCUCAAUGGUGAAGGAAAAUGAAAAAGUUGAAGAAAUCAUGGAGUAGAAGCUAAUGUUGGAGUAGUUUUGUUCGAUUCCUGCCUCAAACCAUUCGUUCUUCUAUUCAUGCAUUAUGCUGGAUCAUCUCUAUGACUCUUCACCUGGACACUGACCCGGAAACGACAGAGGGAAUCGAAUUGUCUCAUGAAGUUAAAAAUAUGCCUCCAAAUAACAAACUUAGACCAAUUUCCCUUCGUGAAAUUGAAGAGUAGAACAAAACAUUUCUUAUAAAGGCGUGGAAAACCUCUCUCAAACAGACGCUUUUUAAAACAUUGAGGGGAAGUCUAGAAGGGAAAGUCCAAAGAUCAAUAUCUGCUAGCGGUGGAAUUUGACUCUUACAAUUUUCCUAGCACUAGACACUUUGAUCAUAUCAACUAUAUAGCAUGCAUAGCGAUUGAGUUUCAGAUUCUACUAUUCAAGCUUACUCACUCCUUGAAAUGCGGGAUAGUAUUUCACAAUGGAAUGAUGAUGACUCGACCCAAUGUGCUAGAAAUACUCUUUGUUUGAUAUUGUAUUUCCAUGGAGAACACUGCAUAAAUAUGGUUCAUGUCAAUGCUACAAGAUAAAGACAUUUAAGUUUGAAUUG